AUGAUAUCUAACAAAUAGCAAAAGAGAAAAAAGAAACGUUAUGUAACACAUCGAUUUCUCGAAAUUGUGAAAUCUGAUUCCGGUGUUAAAUAAAUAAAGUUGUCCAUAUAAAGAUAUGGAUUAUCAUGUGUCCAUAAUAUAUAGAUAGAGCUUUCAGGUUUGGGCAACCAUCAUCUUUUGGGUUACCAAGGCAAGGCAAGGCAAGGCAAAACAGAAUAUUCUACGAGCAAUGGCACUGCACGGAGUACUUACGGCACUCUCCUUGUAUCUCAUAUAUGCAUCCACAAGCGUUCACUCAGCUAUGGACCCGUACAAGGCACUGGGAAUCAUCCUCAACCCAAACGGCACGCUCACACGUUUAAACAAACCCCCACAGAGCCCUCCCUCACCGGAUCCCACCCUCUCCACACCCGUUCUCUCCAAAGACCUAACCGUCAACCAAUCAAAAAACACAUGGGUUCGGAUCUACCUUCCCCACAAAGCACUGGAUAAUCCCCCCUACUCCAACUCCAAACUACCACUCAUUGUCUUCUACCACGGUGGUGGCUUUAUAUUCGACAGCGCCGCUUCCACUUACUUCCACAAUUUCUGCGUCAAUGUCGUCAACCAAACCCAAUCCCUCGUCGUUUCAGUCGACUACCGCCUCGCCCCCGAGCACCGUCUUCCUGCGGCCUUUGAAGACUCCGUGGAGGCGCUGCACUGGAUCAAAACCUCCAACGAUCCGUGGUUGACGCGCCACGCUGAUUACUCCCGCUGUUAUCUUAUGGGAGAGAGUGCCGGGGGUAAUAUUGCCUACAACGUGGGUCUACGUGCAGCCGCGAAGCUUUAUCAAAUCGAGCCGCUAAAGAUACAAGGGCUGAUAUUGAUUCAACCCUUUUUUGGUGGGACGAAGAGGACCCCAUCAGAGAUGAGGCUCGCUGAGGAUGGGACUUUGCCUUUGGCAAUUACUGAUUUGCUGUGGAAUCUGUCGUUGCCCAGAGGCGCUAACCGUGAUUACAAGUAUUCCAAUCCAAUGGCGAAGGGCGGAGCUAAGGUAUUGAAUCGGAUUAGGGUGCUUGGGUGGAGCGUUGAGGUGUUUGGGUGCGAAGGGGACCCACUCGUGGACCGCGAGAAAGAGUUGGUGGAAUUGCUCCACCGCAAGGGUGUGUCUGUUGAGGGAAAAUUUUAUGAAGGUGGUCGCCAUGGGAUUUUUGUGGGUGACCCUUCCAUGUCCCAGAAAGUCUAUGAUUUUAUUAGAAGUCUUCAUUGAUGUGUUAGCAACACAAUGCUUUGUUAUGCCACUUGUAUUGUCUGCGUUCUUGAUCUGUGCUUGUGGUCUUUGCAUCUCAAUAAACGUUGAUUAUUGACAUCGAAUGAAAAAAAGAAAAGCAUGUCCAAUGAAAUAUAGCUGUUGUAAAAAAGAUAAUUUAAAGUUCAAUUUUCUAUUGUUGACAUGCGAUUUAAAUUCAAUAAAACA